CUGGUGAGCUGUCAUCCCAGCUCACGGAGGGCCAAGCUGGUCCAAGCAACGGGCGGCUUGGAGGCAGGCAGGAAAGCAAACGGACAGUGCAUAGUGACCACCAGGAGACAAUACGGGUACUCUUCCAGCAACUGAGCGGGAUUUUAAAAGCAGCAACUAAAAGGAAUGCAGUGAAGCGGCGCCUUUCCGUCCCAACUCGGAACCGGGUCUUGCUCCGGGUUCAGUACAAUGAAGAAUAGUUGCUGCUACGGGGCUUUGAAGGAUACUGUUACUGUGUUCAGCGUGCCCGUGGCGAUGGUGAUGCUGUCGUUCCUACCGGUGGCUUCUUGGCUUCACUGAAAUGAGAAAUGCUGCUUCGUUUCUGGUCCUGAAACUGCGCCGCCGCUGCUGCUGCUGCAGCUAAGGGAAUAAAUCAUGAAGAAACAGUUCAACCGGAUGCGGCAGCUUGCCAACCAGACGGUGGGCAGAGCUGAAAAGACAGAAGUAUUAAGUGAUGACCUGCUGCAGGUGGAGAAACGUCUGGAGCUAGUAAAGCAAGUGUCUCAUAGUACUCACAAGAAAUUAACAGCAUGUCUCCAAGGGCAGCAAGGGACAGAUGUCGACAAACGAUCAAAAAAAUUACCAUUAACCACUCUUGCGCAGUGUCUGGUGGAAGGCUCUACUAUUCUAGGAGAAGAUUCAUUGCUUGGAAAGAUGCUAAAGUUAAGUGGGGAGACAGAGGACAGAUUGGCACAAGAACACAUUCUUUAUGAACUACAACUAGAACGGAAUGUCAUAGAACCCUUGUUUAUUUUGGCUGAGGAGGAAAUUCCCAACAUUCAGAAACAGAGGAAGCACUUGGCUAAAUUAGUUCUUGAUAUGGAUUCUGCAAGAACAAGAUUACCAGAUGGACAGUCUGCUGCUCCCAAGAAGUCUGACAAAUAUCAACAGUCUUUGAAAUCAUCAGGUCUGGGAACGAACCUGCAGCCUACAGGUGCCAAAGCUGAUGCUCUCAGGGAAGAGAUGGAGGAAGCAGCAAACAGAAUGGAAAUCUGCAGGGAUCAAUUAUCAGCAGACAUGUACAACUUUGUGGCCAAAGAAAUCGACUAUGCAAACUAUUUUCAGACACUAAUAGAAGUGCAGGCUGAAUACCACAGGAAGUCAUUAGCACUUUUACAGAGUGUACUGCCUCAAAUUAAAGCACAACAGGAGGCAUGGAUGGAAAAACCCUCAUUUGGGAAACCACUGGAGGAACAUCUCAAUGUUAGUGGAAGGGAAAUUGCCUUCCCCAUCGAAGCCUGUGUAACAAUGCUGCUGGAAUGUGGGAUGCAGGAAGAGGGUCUUUUCAGGGUUGCACCCUCGGCCUCCAAGCUAAAGAAACUGAAAGCCUCACUAGACUGUGGAGUGUUAGAUGUACAGGAAUAUUCAAUAGAUCCUCAUGCCAUAGCAGGUGCCCUCAAAUCAUAUCUGAGGGAGCUGCCUGAACCCCUGAUGACUUAUGAACUUUAUGAAGAGUGGAUCCAGGCAUCCAACAUCCAGGAUCAAGACAAAAGGUUGCAAGUUCUGUGGAAUACAUGUGAAAAACUGCCAAAGGCAAGCUUUAACAACUUUAGAUACUUGAUCAAAUUUUUAGCAAAGUUAACAGAAUAUCAAGAUGCAAAUAAAAUGACUCCUGGUAACAUAGCAAUAGUACUGGGACCCAAUCUGCUGUGGCCUCAAUCAGAAGGGAACAUCACGGAUAUGAUGACAACAGUAUCGUUACAGAUCGUGGGGAUAAUCGAGCCCAUAAUUCAGCAUGCAGAUUGGUUCUUCCCAGGAGAUAUAGAGUUUAAUGUCACUGGAAGUUAUGGAAGUCCUAUACACACAAACCAUAAUGCAAACUACAGCUCUAUGCCAUCUCCUGAUAUGGACCACUGCGACAGGAAACAGCACGACCAGACAAGGCGACCCCUUAGUGUGGCGACAGAUAAUAUGAUGCUGGAGUUUUACAAGAAGGAAGGUAUGGGCGUCAGGGUGAUGGACACAUCUUGGGUGGCUCGCCGAAGUUCAUCGUUAGUUCGAAAAACAUCUUCCACGCCGCCUUCAGUGCAGCCCCCUGCUCCACCUUCUGAGCUUGCUGCUGCUCCUCAGUCUCCAAUUCCUGAACAAUCUCUGGAACUUUUGGGUACUCUUUCUCCUCUUCCUCCCACCUCUGCUGCUAAAGGUGGUGGUAGCACUUUACAGUCUGGGGCAGAUCGGGCAAGCACGGAUGAUGUGUCUUCCAAACUUCUGGAUUCCUGUUACAAGUUUCCUUCCCCUGAGGAUGACAGACCUUCAUCUCAUCCUUGCUAUCAGUAUCCUCUCCAUCAGCACCAUCUCCACCCUAAAACUCAAUCUUUCUCUAGACCUGAAACCCCCUCCCCAUACAGAUGGAUUGGAUAUAGUGCAACCCUGCCUCCUCCUUCCUCGCACCAGCUUGAUAUUAACUCUAACCCUAAGCCAUGCUUCCUUCACCUCCCAAAGCAGAGCUCCCUCACUGAACCGCAUGCUCCUGAAACUAAUCUGUCACCCCUCUUCAUCAAAACCCCUCUUGUCUUAACCAAACAUGAGCCCUGUGCCACUCUGCCUUCUCACCCUUCCCUGUCAGCCUCUCCCCCGUGGGUCAGCUGUGCCUGUGCCAGAGAUAGAGGAACCAGGCUGACUAGUAAUUUGAAAAACAAAGAAGUGUCACCCAUCACUGGGCAGAAAGGAGGUCCUAGCACUAACCAAAUAGGUUCAUCGGGCAACAUACAACAAACAGCUGGCACAGGACAGCCCUCAACUGACCUGAGUCCUCAUGCUAUUAGGAAAGCUGCAAAGAAAUUGGCACCAAUACCACCUAAAGUUCCAUUUGGUCAGCCUGGAGCUACAGCUGAUCAGUCUCCUGGCCAGCCAUCUCCUGUCAGUCUGUCUCCCACACCCCCCAGCACUCCAUCACCAUAUGGGAUCAGUUACACACAGGGCUGUUCUCUUUCUCCUGGCCUUGUAUCUCCAGCAGCAACGCCAAGCCUUUCCUCACCUCCUUCCUUGACAAGCACCUUAACCAAAAGUCGUCCAACUCCUAAGCCACGACAGAGACCCACCUUACCACCUCCCCAGCCUCCCACUCCAAGCCUUUCUGGGACUAGUCCUCAGUCCAUGGAACAUCCAGUUAUAGAUGGAAUUUCUCCUGGAGAAAGCAUGUCAACAGAACAUGCCAGCUUAGAUAUUCCAACAAUAUAUAUACAGACAGACACUCCAAGUGUUACAGACCCUUUUGAGCAGAUGCAGAGAAUCUCUGUUACAAAUUUCAGCAUAAAACCUGAUUCUGAUGAGGAUUCAGAAAGCACUGCCCUAUGACAUAGGGAGGCACCUUUACUGAUGUGUGACAUUGCUGUACAUAUAAUUAAUAUUGUAUUACUACUGAAGAAUAUAUGAAGAAACCAGAAUUCUGCCUGUUAUCUAAUGUAGAUCUUCUUCCAGUGACUACAACCAUGUAACUGUUAAAGGAAAGAAAUACCACUUCCCGAGAUGGGAAAGAAUCAUGAUAUGCCAUGAUACACAUGAUGUAAUUCUGCAAUGAACGCACUGAUUCUCGCCUUUGUUUUUUAUUACUAUCAUCCAAGUUACAGAAAGUAGAAAGCCUGAGGGAUGUUAAUUUGCUUUUAUCAUCUGAUGAUGGUCCUACCCAAGUACUCCCAGAAACAACACUCAUUAACAUUAUAUGCUGCUGCUGCUGUGAACUUUGUGCUGUUAUUGAACAGCUGAUUUUAAAUGAAGUAUUAAAAUUAUUCCAUUUGUUUCCCUUGUCCCUUGUCAUGAUGCUUAUCAGGAUACAUGAUGAGAAACCUUAUUGUCAGUGUACUUCGAGGAUAGAAGUAUUCAGUUUGUCUAUGGUUUUAAUAAUGUUACACCCAAAAAAGUAUCAUGAGAUUAAAAAAAUCUGUAAACCAUUCAACUGGCAUUGUUUUAUAAAUGGCACAUUUGAAUGGCUUUAAUUUAUACAUAAUUUGUCAUUAGAAUGGACACUGUUCAAUUAUUGAAGUUUUUAUUUAGUGGUUCAGUGGCAAAACUACAUUUUAUGAUCUCUUAUAUGGUUCAUUUUUAUUGUUUUGUUUGUUUGCCUUUAUGGUGUGCAAUAACACUUAAUAUUUGAUGAUGGUGCAUUCAUUCAGCUGUAUGGAUAUAGUCUGUAACUGGAGUUUAAAGUGGUGGGUCCAUGGGUGAAUGGCCAUUUGUUAAUGUAUAGGAUAAACAUUUGCUAGAUUUUGGCAUAUGGAAAAGUUUUGUUGAUUUGACUGUAUAUGGAAGGAAAUAUAAUUUUUGUGUUCAUGGAAAUAUUCUUAUUUGAGCCAUUCCUGUUACACUGAUGUACAGAUGUACAGUAUAGUACAAAGUGUUUAUUUCAAUCCAGAGUUUGAACUUGCUCCUGGAUCUCAGUUGUAAACAUAAUAUAAAAUCUAGUGUUAUAUCUUCUCACAGUAUUUUCAGGUAAGAUAUGUAAGUUUUGCACAGGUUCAGCAACUGUGGUAUGCCGCGUGGAAGAAGGAAAGGGGGAAUACAGUAAACCUGAGCUGUGGAACCUUCAUAGAAGAUGCUGUCAGAACAAGUAAUAAUAAUAAUCAUGUUCGGAUGUUAUGUGUUACCUGUAUUACAGCUAAAACAAAAUAUACGUUAAAGAUUUAUAUGUCGUAAAUGAUGUCUAUAAUAAAGAUUUUAUUCAGAGAAAUGCUA